UUGAGUUGAAGUUAUCUUUUUAUUUAUAUCGUUUGACGUGUGAAAUAAAGAUAUUUUGGGUGCUGCGAUAACGUUGCCCUUGAAACUAUCAUUUAUCAUCCGCCUGUCUUCACCAUAUUGCAUCGGGACCCUGCAGCACACCGGCAGAAAACCCGGUACUUUGGCCCCAGUUCUAACACACAAUGGCCGUGGUGGAUUUUCUUCUUUCGCCUUAUGCGAUUCCAAUCGCAUUGGUGCUCUACUUUAUCGUUCCAUAUUUCACAUCCAAUACAGCUAUAAGAGACAUUCCAGGACCUUUCGCUGCAAAAUUCACAAGGUUGUGGCUGCUGUUGCAAGCUCGAUUUGGACAUCGAUAUCUGAGCGUUCAUGAUGCCCAUGCCAAAUAUGGAAAAAUGGUUAGGAUUCAACCAGAUCAUAUCAGUAUCGCAGAUGAUGCUGCCAUUCAGGCCGUUUAUGGUCAUGGCAAUGGAUUUUUGAAAUCGUAGGUCUUCAUUUGGUUCGAAGGGGUUUUCAAUGGCUAAUUUGCUUCUUCGCAGAGAUUACUACGAUGCUUUCGUCUCGAUUCAGACAGGUCUGUUCAAUACUCGUGAUCGUGUCGAGCACACGAGGAAGCGCAAAACUAUUUCGCAUACCUUCUCUACCAAAAGCAUUGGCCAUUUCGAACAAUACAUGCAUGGAAAUCUGGACCUGUUUGUGAAUCGAUGGGAUGCAAUGUCCGACAACGCUCAUGGUCAAUUUGCUAAAAUCGAUUGCCUUCAGGUAAGUUUAAUUCUUCGGAAUGAGCUUUGUCAUCAGUAUUAAUGAAUUAAAUUUGCAGUGGUUCAAUUAUCUCGCUUUUGACAUCAUUGGUGACCUUGCAUUUGGAGUUCCAUUUGGCAUGCUCGAGAAGGGAGAGGAUAUCACGGAAAUUAGAAAGACACCCGAUGCACCGAUCACUUAUGCACCAGCUGUUGAAGUUCUCAAUCGACGUGGUGAAGUUUCUGGAACACUUGGUUGCUUACCACAAUUCAAGCCAUACGCCAAAUACUUCCCAGAUCCUUUCUUUAGUCAAGGUCUCGCUGCGGUAGAAAACUUAGCUGGUAUUGCCGUUGCCCGAGUGAGUGAACGUCUCGAUCGUGAAAAGGAAGAUGGUCGUGUCGAUCUUUUGGCCAGACUUAUGGAAGGAAAAGAUGAGACAGGUGCUAAACUCGGUCGCCAAGAAUUAACUGCAGAAGCUCUUACCCAACUUAUCGCUGGUUCGGACACUACGUCCAAUACUUCCUGUGCAAUUCUCUUUUGGAUUUGUAAGACUCCAGGAGUUCUUCAAAAGCUUCAAAAGGAAUUAGACGAUGCAAUCCCCGCAGGAGUCGAUGUUCCCACUUUCGACAUGGUCAGGGAUUUGAAGUACAUGAACAAUGUCAUUCAAGAAACCCUCCGCAUUCACUCUACCUCUUCUCUUGGACUUCCUCGUAUCGUUCCUCCUGGAGGAGCAGAAGUAUGCGGACGUUUCUUCCCAGGCUACACAGUCCUUUCUGUCCCAGCCUACACCAUCCACCACUCGAAAGAAAUCUGGGGUAGUAACGCAGAUGAUUUCGUACCGGAUCGAUGGGAUAAUUUAACCGAGAGACAAAAGAACGCUUUUAUCCCCUUCAGUUAUGGACCAAGAAGUUGUGUAGGAAGAAAUGUAGCAGAGAUGGAAUUGGCACUUAUUGUAGCAACGACAUUUAGGAGAUAUGAAUUUGACCUAUAUCAGGAUGUUUUGGAGACGAGAGAGGGCUUCUUGAGGAAACCUUUGGAGUGUAUGGUGGGGAUUAAGAAGAGGAACAAUAUUUAAGAAAUUGAACUGUAUAUUUUUUUGUAUGUUUAGCUUCUGGUUGGUAUAUGGAUUGCGGUUGGGGGCCUUCUGUUGUAUCAUUAUAUUUUGCAUAUUUAUUCCACUUUUUUAGGGCUUUUGUUGCAAUGUAGUAGAUAUUUUUCACGCGGUAAAUGUACCGUCUGCCCCGUUGACUAAGGUCC